AUGGUGAUGCAGAUUUGGGGAGGAAGAUGGGUAAGAAGUGCUUGUUUAGAGGCUAGUGGAACAAGAGGAGGGAUAAUGAUGAUGUGGGAUAGUAGAAUCUGGAAGGGAGAAAUUCUGGAAGUAGGUACUUAUACUCUGACCUGCAAAUUUGAGGCACAGCUUCAGAAUUUUUCUUGUCAUAUUACAGGGGUUUAUGCUCCUAAUAACUGUAUUGAAAGAAGGUUAGUUUGGGAAGAGAUUGGGUCAGUCAGGGGACUAAUGGAAGGACCUUGGGCUGUAUGUGGGGACUUUCAUGCAACCAGAUUCAUAUCGGAAAAGAGAAAUUGUGUUAGAAGCACAAGGGGUAUGAGGGAAUUCUCUGACUUCAUAGAAUACAUGAACUUAGUUGACCUUCAACUAGAGGAUGCCACUUUCACUUGGUUUAAAGGAGACAAUCAAGAAACAGCCUCUAGAAUUGAUAGGAUACUGAUUUCUGAAGAGUGGGAUGAUAGCUUUAGCAACCUGAAACAAGUCCAUCUUCAAAGAUUGAUAUCAGAUCAUGUCCCAAUUGCUUUACAAGGUGGUUCAUGGAACAAAAACAAGAACUACUUCAAAUUUGAAAAUUGGUGGUUAGGUACUAAAGUGGCUUGUAAGCUGAAAGCUUUAAAGACCAAACUUAAGGAGUGGAGUAAAAGUGAGCAUGGAAAUCUGGGUUCACAGAGGAAGAACUUGCUAAGGAAGAUGGUAGAGUUGGAUGCAGUUCUGGAAGAUAGAAUGCUAACAGAAGAGGAGACAGUUAGAAAGGCAUCAAUGCUAAUGGAAUACGAAGAACUGAUUAAAAAUGAAGAAAUUUCAUGGAGGCAAAGAUCAAUAUCACUAUGGCUAAAAGAGGGAGACAGAAACAUGAAGUUUUCCCACAAAAUGGCCAAUGCUCAUAAAAGGUAUAACAACAUUGAUCAACUGCUUGUUGAGGGGGAACUGACUCAAGACCCGUUAAGAUUGAAGAAGAGAUAG